AUGCCACGGACAACACUUGACUGUGCUCUGCGACAUACAACCGAAGCGCGAGAGCGCACCGUCCCGAGCGUUGGAUCGGUUUCAUCAUCACCAGCGCCAACACCUGAAAUCCAAGCCACCACAGCGUCAACCUCGUCUACUGUCACAUUUCUGCAGACCGCUGUGGCACAGGUUGCCGGCCCUGGCGGAUCCGCAUCCGCACGUAUUCCUCUCGACAACGGAAGUCAGAGAACAUUCAUCACCGGGGAACUCGCUCAGCGGCUUCGAUGCCCGGGAUUGGCAUCCGAAAACCUGUCGGUAUUGGCGUUCGGCUCCACGCAACCAUCUACGCGUCGCACAUACCAGAAGGUGUCCCUGCGUAUCGAUGGCUUACAUCAGUCGUUGGAAGUAGAGGCCAUCGCUAUCCCACAGAUCCGCAAGUCGCUCAGCCCACCUGUGGAUGCCCGGAUCUUGCAAAUGCUGCACGAUCGUGGCCUCUCUCCGGUCACAACGACUUGUCUAUCGCAGAACGUCGACGUGCUGGUAGGCGCGAACUACUACUGGCGAUUUGUGUCUCGCAGAAUAGAGCGCCUUCCCAACAACAUCACAGCCGUGGAAACGAUAUUUGGGUGGAUCGUCCAAGGUGUAGCCCCACUGCAUUCCUCUGUACCAGACUUUCCUGCACCACGUCACUUCUAUGCUGCACGCAUGACUCGCCCGAGCAUGAGCUGA